AUGCUUUCUCUCUCUUUCUCUCCUUCUGUCUCUUUCGUUUUGUUUUUUUUGUUUUUUUUCUCACUCUCUUUCCUUUCCUUUUAUGCUUCUUUUCCUUCCUCCCUUCCUUCCUUUCUUCGUUUGUUUCUUUCUUUUUUCCUUCAUUCCUCGUUUCUUUCUUUCUUUCUUUUCAUUCUUCCUUCCUCUAUAGCUUCCUUCCUUUCUUUCUUUCUUUCGUUCUUUCUUUCUUUCUUUAAUCUUUCUUUCAUUCUUUCUUCCUUCCAUCCAUUCUUCCUUUCUGUCUUCCUUACUUCCUUUAUUGCUUCAUUCUUUCUUUCUUGCUUCAUUUCUUUCUUUCUCUCUUUCUUCCUUUUUAAUCUAUCUUUCUUUUUUCUUUCUUUCUGUUGUCCCACACUUUCUUUCUUUCUUAAUAUUUUCAUACACUUUCUUCCUUCCUUCCUUCCUUCCUUUCUUUCUUUCUUUCUUCUAUUAUUCCUUCUUUCCUUUCUUUCUUUCGCUCUUCCUUCUUUCCAUUCUUCCUUCCUUUCUUACUUUUUUGCUUCAUUUCCUUCUGGCUUCCUUACUCCCUUUUUUGCUUCCGUCCUUUUUUUUCUUCCUUCCUUCCUAAUUCCAUCCCUUUCUUUCUUUCUUUCCUUCUUUCUUUCUUUCUUUCUUUCUUUCUUUCUUUCUUUCUUUCUUUCUUUCUAUCAUUUUUCCAUUCAUCCAUCCUUUCUUCUUUCCAUUCUUCCUUCCUUCCUAAUUCCAUCCCUUUCUUUCUUUCUUUCUUUCUUUCUUUCUUUCUUUCUUUCUUACUUUCUAUCAUUUUUCCAUUCAUCCAUCCUUUCUUCUUUCCAUUCUUCCUUCCUUCCUAAUUCCAUCCCUUUCUUUCUUUCUUUCUUUCUUUCUUUCUUUCUUUCUUUCUUUCUUUCUUUCUAUCAUUUUUCCAUUCAUCCAUCCUUUCUUCUUUCCAUUCUUCCUUCCUUACUUACUUGCUUUCUUCCUUCAUUCCAUUCUUCCUUCCUUGAAGCAAGAAGCUGA